GCUCGACAUCGUCAAAGAACGGAUCUUACCUUACUCGCUCGGCAGGUCGUCCCGGUCAAGUUCCGUCGGUUACCAGCUCCCGACGGAUGUCUGUCCUUCAUUGUCGUCCCUGCGCACAGACAUCUGCGCUUUUUUACCCGGGACAGAGCAGACUUUCUCCUGCUGACGAAACUAGACCCUUGGCAUUGUCUUGUCUGUCGCCAUCCCAUCUCAAUGAUCUGGAGAAGACGCAGAUGGCAUCGAUGCUGCAAAGCAUCGGGUCGUCAUUGUCGAGAUCUCGAGAUCGCCCACAUGAUCUGCCAAGUCCAACGGUCCGAGAGGCUGUCAGCCUGGAACACAUAUUCUCGAGUCGUACUCUAAGCCCCGGGUGCGCAAGUCAAACGAUGCUUAAACUUUUGGUGAGCAUUCUUUGAAAAGGGGAGGGGUCUGGGUUGCUGGUCCCCUUCGCGCCCACCGUA